AUGGACGCUGGAGAUUUGACAAGACAAGACCGGGAAUGUCAAGGCAAGGUCAUGGACGCUGAAGCUUUGGCAAGAGAAGACCGGGAAUGUCAAGGUCAUUGGGAGGCAGAAUACAGCUACCUGGAGGGAGCUGACACAGAUCACCUUUACGACAAGUGUACAAAAAAUCCAGACCACAAGAACUUUAUACCUGUAUACAAGUUCGGUAAGGAGCAUCUGCCCGAGGAAUACCGUGACGACGAUAUUGUGGAGUAUAUCCGAGCGGUGGCGGACCUGACAGUUCGUGUGUCAGUGACAUAUGUUAGUGACAAGAGACCGGAAAUAUUUCCCGGCACUAGGAAACAUUACCCAGGUUACAAGAGUAGAGGUAAAAGGAGAGUGACAUUUGGAACUGGGUGGGUAGAGCGGGUAGACAUGCCUUUAGAGCGCAACAGAGAGUCAUGUCUGUGCCAAGAAUGUUUGACAACCUUAUUUCGUCCGACGCUCUAUGCCCGCAUUUUCAUACAGACAGCUUCGCAUGUUGUCUAUAACCAAGAUGAAGGAGAUCACACCACCUGCCACUUGUACUUCGACAACGGCUCUCUACCCAAGAAAUGUCCAGGUGUAGUUUCUCUCCCUAGAGUCACCGUUCGGUCUAAGCAGAUCAACAGGGACAUCUGUGAGAUGGUUUACUACACCCAUGAUCUAGACCUGAUAGACAAACUGAAACAACAGCUGGACCACAAGAAGGCCCUGGGUGACAAAAUCUCCAGCAAGCUGCCCCAGUUAUGUAAGAUAAAGAGAAGACUGGACGCCAAGGACAAGCAACCACUGGUCUUUAUCGUGUCUCACCCUCACGGCUGCAGCAAGCAGAUCAGUUUCGGCCAUUGCACUAACAUCGAUAUGUUUAGCAACGACAAUUUCCAGUACCUCUACGACACCGCAACUUGUCCUGGAUCUAGCGGAGGUCCCGUGUGCAUGCUACAGAAGCACAAUUUGCAAUUCAUGUACAGCCGGAAAGAUUGCGUCUAUCUGAUGGAAAUCCAUUGUGGAAACUUUGAGGUGGACAAGGCUCUCAAUUUUUGCAGCGUUAUCACAGGAUAUCCUUCGCUGCAAAUGGUUACUUUGGACACUCUAAUGUUGGAUGACGGAACAUGGGAUGAAAAAUUCACUUGUCUGGCAGAGGACGUUCUGCAUGAGCACUACAGAACCUGUCAGAAGAAUCCUGGUCACCCAAAUUUCUUUCCUGCUGAGGGUUUCAGUUCGAGUACUCUCCCGCCUCUCUAUCGCACCGAAGAGGUGAUGAAGUUCAUUAAAAUUUUGUCAGACAUAACUGUCCGGGUGACAGUCAAGUAUGUCAGUAAGAACAGACCUGAGACUGUCCCAGGAACUGCCAUCUCAUACCCGUGGUCCAGUGACAAGGGCAGUAACCUGAUGAGGGUAGGAAGCGGAAGUGUUACUGAAGUUGACAUAUUUAAGAACGACAGAUUAUAUCCAACGUGUGACUGCAAAGACUGCAAAGGUUCUUCAACGCCAAGAACAGAAUUUGCUAACAUUUACAUAGACACAGCCGCUCACCUUGUCUACGAUGAACAGGAGGCAGAACACACAACGUGCGAUCUGUUCUUUGAGUCAGGUGAAAUACCCGCAUUCGGCAGACGAGCUGUCACACUCUCAGGUACAAAGGAAGGGUCACGGGACACGAAGAGAGAUUGGUGUAGGCUGAUCCACGUGACCCAUGACUUAAACUUGGCAGAGACAAUUGACGCUAUGAUGAACGUCUAUGACAAGUGUCUUCGAGCGAUGGAGGAGUUCGACUAUUUCAACCCCAUGGAGAGCGGCAAGCAGAACGGAAGGAAGGACGCUAGAGGAGAAAUUCCUCUGCACCUUGUGGUCUCCCACCCUCACGGAGCUGCCAAACAGAUCAGCAUUGGUUACUAUGGUAACGAUGGCAAUGCUAGAACAGGUCAAGGCCAACUGAAAUAUACGUCCACUACUUGUCCAGGUUCCAGCGGCGCUCCGGCUUUACAGCUAGGAUGGGAGACUUUCUAUCCUUAUGUUGAGGAGAUGUAG